AACAUCCAAUCCUCCCUCUCCCAGAUGGACGUCCGGAUCCAAGCACUAGAAGCUCCCUCUUCUACCUCAGAUCCCCGAUCCGCUACCUACUUCCAAGGGAACAUCAGGCCCGACAUCUCCCCGUCCGCCGUCGAUGACGUCAGCUACGCGCCACCUCCUACCGUCAUGGCACCGCGGAGGACGCUGGCUACUGCAGUCCCCGCGGCCCCGGCUGGGGUGCCCUUCAUUCCGCCAGCGGCUGCCAUCUCUCCCCAGCUGCGAGCUUCCAUCCUGGCAGGAGUUCCGAAUCCUGUGUCCAGACGCCGCACCUUCCAGCCUGCCAUGCCCAACCUUCAACCAAACGGUGCUAGACUAAAUGCCUCCCUGCAAACAUAUCUGUCUUCCGCCUCCCACUACAUGAGAUCAGGAUUGGCCAAAUCUACAUUAAAAAUGUACGAUUCGGCAUGGUAUCACUUCUCCUCCUUCUGCGCCGCAUUUUCAGUAGCCGUUUCGCCCAUCAAUAUAUCAAUCGUCUGCGCCUUCGUAGUUCACUGUUUUGAAUCUAGAAAAAUGCAGCCUUCCUCCAUCAAGACACUCGUAGCAGGAAUCCAAUUCCAUUUAAGAUGUAUGGAUCCCUCGGUUGGUAGCCUGCUCGGGAAUCCAUCCCUUCGUCUGCUCUUCAAUGGCUUGAUGAAAAGAAGCCCUGAAAGCAUAGACAAACGUCUCCCCCUCACUAUCUCACUAACUCACAAACUGGUAUCGCACUUAAGACAAGGGUGUUUUAAUCCUUACACAGAUUCACUUUUAGAGGCGGUAUUUCUGACUGCCUUUUACGGCUUUCUUAGAUGUGGGGAAUACACCACUCGCACUGAGAAUUUCGACCCGUCCAUCGAUCUCACAUACUCAAAUUUAUCUUUUGGUUCACAGUAUUUUAUUAUUCACCUCAAACGCUCAAAAACCGACAAAAAUGCUAAAGGAACUCCCAUCAUUAUUGCGCAAACUGGCACUGUUUUUGUCCCUUCUCUUCCAUGGCACGGUACCUGCGGUGGCGUACCCACGCGAGCCCGGACGAGCCUCUCUUCGCCACCGACAAAGGGAACGCCAUGACGAGAUCAUGGUUUGCUGCCCGCCUUCGGCUAGUUUGCCAAUCCUGCGAUCUCUCUCCGGAGCUAUACACCGCCCACUCCUUCCGCAUCGGGGCAUCGACGACAGCUGCUGCGCUCGCCCCAGUCUCCACUCUGAAAGCCAUGGGGCGCUGGUCCUCUGAUGCUUACGAACGUUAUAUUCGUCCGGGCGUGGACGAAAUAAUUUCAGUUCAAAAAGCUAUGAGCUCAGCUGCAUAGAGUAAAGCAUUCAGUUUCGUCAUACGUCUAAUAAUAAAUGUUUCGUAAGUCCGGCAACGAGUGAGAAUUCAUUUACACUGAUGCAGGUAGUAGCAUAUUUCCCCCGGUUAAUCCAAAUCGUGGCGCUCGAGGGGAAAUACCGACAGCGUCGGUACACAUAGCCUAAUAUUACAUCUCACGUAGCAUGUUCCCCUGGUUUAUUAAUUAAUAAUACAUCUAAGUAUUGGCUUCAGGGGAACGUCCAACAUGCGUUGGUACACAUAACCACUGAUCCAUUAUAAAAAAUAAAAAAAAUAAAAAAAAAUAUAGACGGCCUCAAACCGAAGGGCUUGACUGGACGAAGGGCUUCCUCCAGGUGGUCGUACACAUAGUC